AAUAUUUAUAAGAUAUAUGUUCCAACAAAUCCUCAUGGUGCAGAAACAUUACCACCAGCAAUUGUUGUACCAGAGACCGAUCUUUACCUGCGCAGAUUAUGGGGUGAACCUAGUCAGGAUCUAAAGAAGAAACCAAAGUAUUUAGUAACAUUUACAGUUGGUAUUGAUCAGAUGAAUAAUAUUGAUAAAUGUGUUAAAAAGUUUUCUGAGGAUUUUCAAAUAAUGCUUUUUCAUUAUGAUGGCCGGACCACUGAAUGGGACCGAUUGGAGUGGUCAAAGACUGCAAUCCAUGUUAGUGCAAGGAAACAAACGAAAUGGUGGUUUGCAAAAAGGUUUUUGCAUCCAGAUAUUGUAGCUGCUUACGAAUAUAUUUUCAUAUGGGAUGAAGAUCUAGGAGUUGAAAACUUCAAUGCAGAGAGAUAUAUAGAACUGGUCAAGAAACACGACCUGGAGAUCUCACAACCAGGUUUGGAGCCCAAUGUCGGACUAACAUGGCAGAUGACAAAAAGGAGAGAAGACCAAGAAGUUCACAAGUUUACCAAGGAGAAACCUGGCUGGUGUAGCGAUCCACAUUUUCCACCAUGUGCUGCUUUUGUGGAAAUCAUGGCGCCUGUAUUUUCUCAGGAAGCUUGGCGAUGUGUAUGGUAUUUGAUUCAGAAUGACUUGGUGCACGGUUGGGGAUUAGAUUUUGCUCUCAGAAGAUGUGUUUCACCUGCACACGAAAAAAUUGGUGUGGUAGAUUCGCAGUGGAUUGUUCAUCAAGGGAUUCGUUCUCUGGGGAACCAGGGCGAGACGCUCGGUGGGAUAUCUCCCCGGGAUGCGGUCCGAAUAAGGAGCAAAAUCGAGUGGGCGAUGUUUCAGAAGCGACUUGUGAAUGCCGACUUGGCAUACGUUGCUCAGCGUGGCAAAGGAUAAAGAAAACUUUUUAUUAUUUCCACCUCCCACCCACCCAAUCCACCCUCAUAUGUGCAUCUAUCAUCUCACUUGCUAGGCUUAAAGUCUUGGGUGACAUUUUUUUUACUGCAAUAUGGUGGACUCAUUUCCCUAACCCACAUUUUUUUGUAUCUUAAUAUUUCUUUUACAGAUAAAAAAAAGGGGGUAAAUUAUUUUUUUACCAGUUCUUCCUCACGAAAAACAAUGUUGGGGUGUCUUCCAUUAAAAUCAUGAUGAUUGUAACAAUUCCAUAAGAAAUUUUCUUCUCUCAUCUUAAUGAUAUGAAACCAUUGUUUUUUA